GCGAGGCAGAACGCUGACGGUAACCGGAGCUGUCUGUUCUCUCUCUCUGACCGAAUAACGGACAUUUCUCUCAGCUGCUUCUCUGCGCGUCUGUGUAUGUGUGUGUUUCUCUUCACACAGUGAGCAGCUCAGUCAGUCAAACACCAAAGACCAUGUCAGUGGCAGGACUGAAGAAACAGUUCCACAAAGCGACGCAGAAAGUGAGUGAGAAGGUUGGGGGAGCAGAAGGCACCAAGCUCGAUGAUGACUUCAAGGAAAUGGAGAAGAAAGUGGACACUACAGGCAGAGCAGUGCUGGACAUCAUGACCAAAACUACAGAAUAUUUACAGCCAAACCCAGCCUCCCGAGCAAAGUUAAGUAUGAUAAACACCAUGUCUAAGAUACGAGGGCAGGAGAAAGGGCCGGGCUACCCUCAGGCUGAGAGUGUGCUUGGAGACGCUAUGCAGAAAUUUGGCAGAGAACUCGGAGAGGAUUCCAGCUUUGGUUUGGCUCUGAUAGAUGUUGGUGAGACGAUGCAUGAACUUGGAGAGGUGAAGGACGCUCUGGACAUGGAGGUUAAACAGAACUUUAUUGACCCAUUGCAAAAUCUACAUGACAAAGACAUUAAAGAGAUACAGCACCACCUGAAGAAGAUGGAGGGACGGCGUCUGGACUUUGACUAUAAGAAGAAGCGUCAGGGCAAAGUGACAGACGAAGAGAUCAAACAGGCUCUGGAGAAGUUUGAUGAAUCAAAAGAGAUCGCUGAGCAAAGCAUGUUCAACCUGCUGGAAAGUGAUAUAGAGCAGGUGAGCCAGUUGGCUGCCCUGGUGAAAGCUCAGCUGGAUUAUCACAGACAGGCCACUGAUGUCCUCCAGCAGCUCUCCAGCAAGAUGGAGGAGAGGAUAAUGGAGGCCUCCAGUAAGCCGAGAAAAGAAUACAUUCCUAAACCACGCAUGGAGCUUCAGCUGCCCAGUGAAACGCACAAUGGAGGAAUACACACUGCUAAGUCACCUGCUCGCUCCCCAGCUCCUCUGGAUCAGCCAUGCUGUCGUGCUCUGUAUGACUUUGAGCCAGAGAAUGAGGGCGAGCUGGGCUUUAAGGAAGGCGACAUCAUCACACUGACCAAUCAGAUUGAUGAUAACUGGUAUGAGGGGAUGAUCCACGGCCAGUCGGGAUUCUUCCCCAUCAACUAUGUCGAUGUCCUGGUUCCUCUGCCUCAUUAGGCUCUACCACUUGCUAUGCUCCACCCACUUCAUCACCAUUUCUCCUAAUGAUGAUGAUGAUGAUGAUGAAGGGGUUACAGUAAAUUAUUAAUACACUAUAAAGUGUUUGUUUGCCCGUGCAGUGUUGCGAGUAGAGGCAGCUCAGGUGUGUCUGUGUGUAUGUGUGUGUGUAUGUGUGUGUGUGUGUGUGUGUGUGUGUGUGUGUGUGUGUGUGUGUUUGACCUGUAUAAAUGCUCCACUUAUCACACUAAUUAUAUCUCAGUAUUUCACACUUUCUCCACACGUUUAAUGUCAGUGAAAAAUAAUGUAUAAAUAUUAAUAAGCAUCUUGUCAUAUUCGUGCUUUAAGGCUCAGGUUCCAACCUUCUUCACCUUCACAUUACAUGAACUUUACUCUCAAGCUGUAAUGUACGCUGUGGCUUUGUUCAGUAAGUGAAGUUUAUUAGAUCAGAGUUUGAGAUCAUCCCUGAUGGUGUAAGGAAUAAAAAUGACAGGCCAUGAGCAGACACCUCAUUUUUAACAACCAAUCACAGGCUGGAUUGUGUGGUGUCUUUAUUCAAACCUCCACACGUUGGUUUGAGAGCAGGUUCACUCUGAUUGGUUCCCCAGAGAUCCAAUCAAAUCACACUCUGUUUAUGAGCUUUCAUUUCUCCUGAAUUCUUUUACUUGUAUGUUAUUUUUUUUGCACUUUAUACUGUUAGUGUGCUGUAGUGUUGCUAUAUUAAUUAAUUUAUUAAUUAAAUUGUAUUUAUUAUUUAGUUAUUUAUUGUUUGUUAUAUUCAUUCAACUCUUCUGUAGUUUUAGUUCAUGUGGAAGUGUAUGUGUGUGUGUGUGUGUGUGUGCGUGUGUGUGUGUGUGU